GUAAUAAUCAAAGAAUUGAAGUGAAUUAUUUCAUCUGGUGCACAGAAAGUGGUUUUAAUAUACAAGAUGGGAAAGCAAAAAAGGACUGUAGGGCAAAACUUUAAAAACUUAUAAAUCUUAAACUAACCAUUCCUUCUUGAAUUAAUGUCUAGCUACUGAGCUGUUGCAUAUUCUGGUGUUGGUUUCCAGAUCUCUUGAGGAAACAGUUGUUUUGUAUGAAGUACUUUGAUAUUCACUGGAGGGAAGAACUGAAGCCUGAGUCUUCAGGCUCUGGCACCAGGCUGUUGCAGUCUCUGGCACUUGGUUUCUAUUAGAAUCACUUACAAGGACAUGCAGGACAGAAUGCCAUUGUCAAUAUAGGUUAAAUGUAAGUAGCAAACAAACGAAUAGAAAAAGGCAGUGGGGGAAACAUGGAAAAAAAACUGUAUACAUUCUAAUAUUGUUGUAGUUGUCCAAAUGCAGUUAGGUUAGUGCUUCAAGUUGGUGUUAAAACUUUUAGAGACCUAUCUUAACUGCUUCCAGACCAUUCUUGAUCGCUACACCCCUUCCUAGCACGUGCUCUCCUUUUAGCUUAAGAUCUUCCUUAGAAACCUAUUUUACUUUUCUGUUUUAGUAAUGGAAGAUUUAAUGUAGUUUUGAAUGUUUGCAAGGUAUUUCUAAGUGCAGCUAGCUUAGGAUUUUACCAGAUAUAUAAUACCUGUUGUGUCAUUAAAAAACAAACAAAAUACAACUCUAUGGGCUUAUGGCCUUCAUUUCUAUAGAAGCCCUAAAAUCUCAAAUUGCUCGAUUUAACUUCUUGAAAACCUGUUCCAGUGUGGAAAUAACAAACUUGUACCUGAUAUUGAAAUGUUAACUAUUUGUGCUUUGAUUUUAGAAAGUAACAUUAGCAUUUAAUGUUACUAACUGAACUUCUAUUUCUCUCAGGCAUUUUUGGAUAGAGCAUUUUAAAUGGCACUGCAUCUAUUAGAAAUAGUUCUAGAGAAAGAAGAAGUUCGAUUCAGAUGCAGACCUGAUCUGAGUUAAAGACAAUAUUGGAAAUGCAAGAGUUCUGUUUUGUUUUUCUUUUCACCUCAAGACACGUAAUACCUGUAGCUUAACUUUAGUGCAAGUAAUUUGAAACUAUUGUUUACCUUACUGCUGGAAACAAGGUCUCCAACAGCAACAGAUUAGACUAAUCUGUACAGACUGAUGCCUAAGAACCUUAGUCUAUUAUCUGGCAAAUACCUAAAUGCACCUAAUGUCUGUUAUAAUGGAACUUGUCUCAAGUGACGGAAGUCUGACAGAGCAAUUUAGGAGGUGUGGAAUAAUAGCAGCACCAGCUCUGGUAUCCAGCUCUCAAUUAGCAAAUGUUAUUAGAGGGAUGGCUUGCUCUGUACCAAGAGUUCUACAUAGCGUUGUGAGGAGCAGAAGUCAGAUAACAUGAUUGUGUUAUCUCUUUAAUCUUGGCUUAGAUUAUUCUUCCCAAAGUAAAUAUAUCAACAAGUUAAAGGAGAACCUUUAACUUCAUGUAGAUGCCUAUUUUGACCAACUUGGGUCUAAAUUGUGGCAAAGACUUUCUUGUGUAUGGUUAAAUUUGUUUUCUAUCUUAAAAUAUAUUAUUCUGUACUUCAUAGUACUCGCUAAUCUUCCUGAUAAUAUGCAGCUUUCUGAGUGACCUCAGUAAUACAUGUAAUACUGUUAGCUAUCUGGCACGGCUGGUCCUAGGAAGAAUAGUAGAUGAGACUGUCACAAGUGCAUGUUGAAAUCUGGUCCCAUUCUGGUUUUGUAUACUUUGUCUUGAGGUGCUUCUGAUCUACUUUUCAGAACUGUGAUCAGAAAAACCUCAGUCAUCUUAGUUCCUCAUUUGACUUCAGGUUUGUGAAGCCACAACCUCCUUUUCUUCUUCCAACCGUUUUGCGUUGGCUCGAGCUCAUUUGACCCUGAGACCCUGAGAUGAGUUCUUACAUUUACAAAGACAGUGAAAACAUCCAGCAAGAAAGCUGGCUCGUGGUAAGACUUCUCCCUUUUAGUACUGGCAAGCUGUGAAUUCAGCAUUCAUCCACAGCUACAAUUUAGGUUAGUGUUAAGUUGAUGAGGCUCUCCCAGAACUGAUUGCAAUGGUGCUUAAACAUGCUAGUAGUGCUUUCCUGAAAUAGGGUCCUGUGCCAGUGACCGUAGUCAGGAUGUGGGCUGUGUAAUUAUUUGUUUUAAAUUGACUUUCUUCUCUUUCUUGGUGUCUCAAGCUUAAAAAGCUUUUCUAGUCAUGAACUUCAGUAAUGCCUAUUGCCAUCCAAAAAAGGUGAUCUGUGCUCAUGGCCUGAAGGCGUACCCAAAUUACACCGAACAACAAGUGCUUCCAAAGUUCUGUUCUAAUAUAAUUACUUGCAGCAUAUAUGAGAGCAUAGUUUGGAACAUUCUUUAAAUUACCAAUAUUAGCUUUUUAAAGCCUACAUUUAUAACACUUUUGAACUGACGAUUUUGUAUUGGCAAUUAUUUGGUUUACCAAAUCUGUGAUUACAAACAGCCAGUUUGUACCCCAGCAAACUCUAUUACAGUUUUCCUAGUGGGUGUAAGUAUGUCUGCAUUUUUCUCAUUGUCCAUAGUCCUGUACUGAAAAUAUUACUAAAGCAACAAAUCCCAGGGUGUUUUACAGUUCCAUAGAAGAAAAAUAAUGCUGUGUUCUUAUUGAAAGUAAAUGUGGCUUUAAAACUUCACCCGAGCAUUUCUGUGGCAGGAUUUAACAAACGACUUGUUUACCAAACAUUGAAAUUAAGGUAAUCUCAAAUAGUUGAGGUUAAUUCUCAAGGCUGACUAGAGAUUGAAAAAAAGAAGCCAAAAAAAAAACCCAAAUCAAAGCUUCUUAGAAAUUAUUUGUAAAAUAAUGUUUGUUAUGACUCUCUGGCUUGAGCUGGUUUCUCUAUCAGUUGUCAGGUUGAUGCUUUUUAUCACUUAAUUUUAUAGGAUUUGCCAUUAUGUAAUUAGCUCAUUAUGUGGGGAGGAGGGGCUGUUGAGCAUCUCCGGGGUGGGGAGGACUGAGGAAGGAUUCUAUCUGAUUGCAUCACAAAGGAACUUCAUGGGAUCGUGAUGGGCAAACAGUUGUCGGCAGGGAUGGUAAUCCGGGUUGCAGAGGAACCAUCAGUUCCAGAUUCCUUUCUGAGGAAAUAGACCCCACACUUACAUGAGGUGAAGGAGAAAGGGAGACAAAAGGUGGAAGAGCAGUCUUUAUUUUGGGCACCCAAAGUAAAUGCAUAUUUAUUGAAUUUAUAAGUAAUAAACUGGAUUUCUUCUAAAAACUUGUUUUUGCAGGAUGUUUAUCCUCACCGAGACCAGCAUUGAAAUUCAUAAAUACUGAAGCGGUUAUUCAGUAUUUCAAAUGCAGCUGAAAAUGGUGGGCUACUUUUGCCCUCUUGUGGCUGGAGCGUAGAAUUACAGCUCUACGUCUUAAGUUUGCGUGCUGUCUGCCAUCACGAGGUGGGCUGUUUGCAGAACGCCCAGUGGUUGCUAAGCUGUCGUACGACGAAGAUUCAGUCACGAAGUUUGUAUGUGUGUAUGAAUGCUUGACCUUGCGUCUGAUUUUCAAAAACUCAGGAUGGGCUAUGUUGAAUUGAGCCCAGUGGAAAUUGAACUUCUCGGUGGAAGUUACUCUAAGUGCACACGAAGCAUUAAAAUGCUUCUGCAGGCAGUCCCAGAAAGCAACGCGAUCCUUCUGCGUGCAGUCACUUCAUUCACAUCGGGCCUGUCAUCUGUCACCAAGAGCAAUGGGCUUCUCAAUAUCACCUUUAAAUAUGACAACUGCACUCCUUACCUGAAUUCAGUGGGAAAGCAUGUGAUUGGAGAUGUGCAGAAUAUAACAAUCAGUCAGUAUGCAUGUUAUGAACAAGUUGCAGUCACAAUACUUUGGACAGCAAAUGCCAUUGGGAUUGAAUACCUGAGAGGAUUCCGCGUAAUACUUGAAGAGUUAAAAUCAGAGGGAAGGCAAUGUCAGCAGAUGGUUUUAAGAGAUCCAAAGCAGCUCAGCCCAAGUUUUAAAAGAACAGGAAUGGAAUCCAAUCCCUUUGCAAAUCUGAAGUUUGAAACAGAUUACUUUGUCAAGAUUGUGCCUUUUCCUUCCAUUAAAAAUGAAAGUAAUUAUCACCCAUUCUUUUUCCGAACUCGGCCAUGUGAAUUAUUGCUACAGCCAGAAAACCUCAUCUGCAAACCUUACUGGAAGCCACGGAAUCUGAAUGUUACCCAGCAGGGUUUUAAUAUGCAAGUGUCUUUUGAUCAUGCUCCCCACAACUUUGGAUUUAGAUAUUACUUUCUUCACUACAAACUGAAGCAUGAAGGGCCAUUCAAGCAAAAGACCUGCAAACAGGAUCAAAACACAGAUACUACAAGUUGUAUUCUUCAGAAUGUAACUCCAGGGGAUUAUAUCAUCGAGCUGGUCGAUGACACUAAUACAACAAGAAAAACAAUGCACUAUGCACUAAAACCAGUACAUUCUCCGUGGGCUGGACCAAUAAGAGCUAUUGCCAUUACAGUCCCUUUAGUUGUCAUUUCGGCAUUUGCAACACUUUUCACAGUGAUGUGCCGCAAAAAGCAGCAAGAGAAUAUAUAUUCCCAUCUAGACGAGGAGAGCUCAGAAUCUUCAGCUUAUGGUGCAGGUCUCCCUGUGGAAAGACUUCGCCCCCGGCCAAAAGUAUUCAUCUGCUAUUCCAGUAAAGAUUGCCAGAAACACAUUAAUGUUAUCCAGUGCUUUGCUUAUUUUCUCCAGGACUUCUGUGGCUGUGAGGUGGCUCUGGAUUUGUGGGAAGAUCUGAAAAUUUGUAAAGAAAGUCAGAAAGAAUGGCUCAUUAAAAAAAUAAAUGAGUCUCAGUUUAUCAUCAUUGUGUGCUCCAAGGGAAUGAAAUACUUCGUUGAAAAAAAGAAUUGGAAACACAGAGGAGUAACCAAAGACACAGGGAAAGGAGAACUCUUUCUGUUUGCUGUGUUUACUGUUGCAGAGAAGCUUCGUCAAGCAAAGCAGAAUUCAAAUGACCUCUGCAAGUUCAUUGCAGUCUACUUUGAUUACUCCUGUGAGGGAGACAUUCCUGGUAUUCUGGAUCUAAGUACAAAAUAUAAACUCAUGGACAAUCUGCCUCAGCUUUAUUCACAUUUACAUUCCAGAGACCUUAGUGUGCAGGAUUCAGAGGUGUUUCCCGUUAAUGUUAGUAAAAGGAAUUAUUUCAGGAGCAAAUCUGGUAGGUCUCUUUAUGUUGCCAUUUGUAAUAUGCAUCAGUUCAUUGAUCAGGAACCGGACUGGUUUGAGAAACAAUUUAUUCCCUUCCUUCCACAUCCUUUACAUUACUCAGAGCCUGUCAUGGAAAAAUUUGACUCGGGCUUGGUUUUAAAUGACUUAGUGAAUAAACAGGCGGCGGAUGAUGAUUUUUACCUGAAAACAGAUGUAAAUAUUAUUUCAGCUGGAAGUUCAGACUCUCAUUGUAUAAUUCAGCACUUAAAUCUUGGAGAAGAUGUAGAAACUCAGGACAUUCAAAGUGGUAGCAGCUCUGUUCUUCGACCAUUGUUGCAUGCUGUUAAAGCUUCAAAUCUUAAAGAUAUGCCUCGAGAUUCUGGAAUCUAUGAUUCGUCUGUUCCUUCAUCUGAACUAUCUUUGCCUUUAAUGGAAGGACUACUGACAGAUCAAACUGAAACAUCUUCCAUCACAGGAAGUGUUUCUUCAUCAUCAGGUUUAGGAGAAGAAGAACCUCCUGUAAUCACUUCCACAAAGUUCUUACUGCCUGGAAUAUGUAAAGCAGAACUUCAUUGCCAUAUCCAUACUGAUGAACUGCAGGCAAUUGCUCCUCUGUAAUACAUCAGUACAAUGUUAUGCAUUGCCACUUUAUCAGCAGCCUCUGUGCUUCAACCACAACGCUAUUCCAGCACUAAAUCUACUUGAAGGAACAAAUACUCCCUGAAGAUGACCUGUUAUUCCUAAGGGAUUUUUAUGGCCAGUAAAUUUGAUCCUAUUGGGCUUAAUACAGUCCUACAUGAUUUAAAAAAUGCAGCAUGGAAGAAUAGAUGAGAAACAUUUCAGUGUUAUUCCUAUUACCAAUUUAAGUUUCUUGAUGUUAUACUGUUUAUAGAUGUCAUAAUAAAAAGUGACCUUAUUUACUAGACAUAAUCUUGUAACUGGACAUAAAAUUGUUUGGAAUACUGAGUUCAGUAAAUUUUGUAUUCCAGCCUCUAAUGUCGAACGCUGACAUGUCUGACGACAGGAGUGCUGUAGUGAACGAGAGCAGGAUAUGUUUAAGAAGGAAGGUAUAAAAACAAAGGUGAGAUCAAGAAAUUCUUGAUCAGGAGAAAUUAUUUUCUUCUAGAAAUAUUUUGGUUCCUAUCUUCAUAGUUUCUUUUCUUUCCCAAAUGUUAAUAUGUCUCAGCAUUCAAUUUCAGAUAAACGUCUCCUUGUUUUCCCAUCUUUUCUCCAGAAUCUAGCUAUGAUGACUCACAAGUAACACCAUAUUGAGUCUGGAGUAUCAUUUUUCUAAUGGACAUAAAUUCUACAUAUACUGACUGAUACUACGUAAACUAAGUUUUCUGUUUUCUUCCUGGAAGUGCUAAUAUAAAGAAUAAUUUAAGGAACCGGGGGAAGAAAACCCAAAAUUAGUAUUUAAGACAUCAUUCUGGCUCUGUUCAGCCAUAAGCUAAGUAUGCAAUGUAGGGAAUGUCAUACUCAAGGACAUGCUGCUACAGAAUCACCAGGGGUAAAGUGAAUUAAGACAAGCAUUUAACAGACAUGAAUGCUUUGCUUUGUGUUGAGCCAACCACUAAACAGAAGCCUAUGAGUUAUUUUAAAGUUCACAGUACUUAUCAUUACUAAUCAUUACUUAGUGAUUAGCAGAGUAUGCUAUUAUUAGUGUUAUAUUAACAAACAGGGAAAAAGAAAAAAAGCAAGAAAUACUACUGGUCAUGUUUAUCUAAGGGCAUGGAGCACGUGAGUCCUUCGUCCUGCAGUGGCCAGGUGGGUUCACCCUUAUCCAAAGUAUUGCUGCUAUUUCCGAAGAGGAACUUUUCAAGUAAAAUCCAGCUGUGUAAUUAAGUGCAGUUCUAAGUGCCAGAAUGGUAACAGCUAACAGUGAAGGACACCUUCUCAGUGUGCCUUUGCUAGUUUUGCUCAUGCAGUCAAACUCUGACUCAUUUCAUCCAUCUUUAUUUUCUAUGACCAGGAGACUACUUUAGGGGGAUGUAUUGAGGGAGAGCUUCAACACCUCAAAUAUUCUAGCCAUUUUGGUAGAUGAGAAUUAGGCUUUCCUAGUUGUUACAUUAUAUUACCCAUUUUAAUAGCAUGAGAUAGCACCAUUAAAGUAGAGAUGAUUUUGGCUGAACAGCUUUGAAGCUGUAGUUUUGUUUGGUUUUGUAUUGAUUUAUGUGUCAUCAUUUGAAGAUCCAAAUGGAAGACUACUGAAAUUGCUGUCACAAAUUCAUUAAUGAGUACUAUAAAGGGUAAAAUGUAACAAUUAUUUGAACUUAACAAUUGAUGGCAGAACUUUGGCAUGGUUUGCUGUUUUAAUAUGGAGUUAUAAUGUGAUGAUGUAUGUACAUGUCAGAUUUGGAGUUCUCGUCCAUUAAUGUAAUGUCCAUUAACCCUCCUGUACCUGUUUUCUGGAUUUGAAAGAGCACUAGCUGAAAAAUCUCAAACUCACAGUACCUAAGCAAGCUGGAUACAGAGUGCAUCAUCUGCACCAUCCCUUUGUUUUGUAUGCAAUAACAAAACCAAAGUACUUCCUUUUUUUCCCCCCAUUCCUUUGUGUUUGAAAAUACCUGGCUUAAACUAGGCAGAAUAAUUUAGAGGUAAAUGCUCCUUCCCUAAAUCUAACCAUGCAAGUUCUUGAUUUAGUGCAUUUUUUGGCUGGUUUUACUAGGGAAAGUGAUUGGAUCGAUAAAAUACAGGCAGGAAGGUUGCAGAAGUUGUGUAUUGAAGAGCUGCUGUGCAUAGAAUUACCAAAGCUACAAUCAUAAGAAAGAGGCAAUUUCUUAGCAACUGGAAGAUGAAGGUAAUGCUACUUUCCUCCAGGGAAAGUCCUAGUACUCAUACUGUUAUUUCAUGCUAGGCUAAAUGGAAGAUUCUGUGGUUCUGUUAAAUUCAGUGUUACUUAAAGGAAUUAAGUUUUCAUUUUGAGGUCUAAGAAAGCUCAGUUUUGAAAAUGGAGAAAAGCAGUUGCUAGUUGUUUUUAAUGUUUUUAGUUUGAUUUCUUCAAAAUGUGCUGUAUAAUCCUGCAGGUUGUAACUGUUUUGUAAUUAUAAAGGUCUGUGUGGAUGCCAGUCAAGUCUUUUAUAAGUGGAGGAAAAAACAAACAAUUCCUUCAUUCCUUUGUAGCAUAAAGUGGAAGCUGUAUAUUGCGUGACUUAGGAAGAAAGAAAGUGUACUUAAUGGAAAAUGUAUAAUAGAACAAACCCACACUUUAAAGUAUAUGCACACACGCAUACAGAACUAAAGAAAAUGAUAUUCUUGAUCUAAUUUAGGCAUAAUUUUUUCAAAGCCACAGUAAUUCAUAAAAUUAGAAAAUAUAUUACAUAUAUUGACAUACUAGAAGGAAAUAGUAUUGAGUUUGCAAAAAUUCUGUUUUUCCUCCAAAGAAUGUAACAGCUAAAAUCUUUGUAAAAAGCAUUUUAAAACAAACAUGUAAAUACAUAUAUUAGAGGUUAGCUUACUACUAUUUUCAAGCAUUAGUAAACUCUAAAUAAUGUUAAUGGCGAAAGGAUCCCCUUAAUUACUACUAGAUGAAAGUGUGUGGACAUCAAAUGUUUUAAAAUACAUUUUUUUGGAAAGGUGAAAAAAACACUGGAAAGCCAAAGGUUCGAGGAACAGCUGUGUGUUCAGCAUUUUGGUAAGUAUUGCUGCCAUAGCUGUACCAGCACAUAAACACAACUGUUGGAAAUAGAAUGCAGCUGAUAUUUGCAGAAAUAAAACUUUAUGAUACUCCAAGUUAGAAGUUAAGUGUCAGAAUAAAACAUUUAUGUUCAGUUGGUUUCAUUUGGCUUUUCUUAGUAUUACAGACAGACUUACCUUGAGUCCAGUUGUUCUAUCCAAUUAUGCAAUUAUCCGAUUUAUGCAAUUAUGCACACCACACAAACAAUCAGACUUGAACUGCUAUUCACACUCCACAUCUAGCAGUGAAACUGAUAUUUUGAUGUGUGUUUAAUAUAGUCGAGCAACUGUAAGAAACUGUACUUGUCUGAAAGUUCUGUAUUGGAAAGACUGGGUCUAAUUUUUUUAAAAAUAAAACUGCCUUAAUAUGAUUUUAUCAAA